AUGACUUCUCAUUCUUCAACAGCAGCGCCAUCGGAGCAGAACAACAACAGCAACGAAAACAAUGUCGAUGAUCAAAAGGAAUUAACGCAAAAUAUAAACACCUUUUUAAAAUUUUAUUCCAUGUUCUCUCCUUCAUCGAUCAUCUCCAACAAGACUCCUCUUCAAGUGGAAUCCGAUGAAGAGGAUGAUGAAAUACUCAAACAUUUUGCUGCCAAGAAACAAAAGUAUGAAAAAUCCAAAAUGUCCAAGCUGGCCAAAAAGCGAUACAAAAACAAAUUAGCAAUUGAAUCCGAUGAUGAAGAUGACUCUGAAGAUGAAGACUUAAUAUUUAAUGAUGAUGCUUCUGAAAAUUCUAAAAAGAGAAAACGAAAAGAUGACAAUGAUUCAAACGCGAUGAAAUUCUCCAAAGUUGUUGAUGUUUUUGAUGAUGGUGCUGAAAGUGAUGAACCCUCUUCAUCCCGCAAUUCUAAAAAACAAAUUAAGAAGGCCAUUUCAGAAAAACUUAAACAUCAAUCGAAAUUGAGUCAUAUGAAACAUGGUGAUAAAAUUGCAAAGGAAGAGAAGAUGCAAUCGGCCAUGACUAAAAUUGUUAAAGGUAGAGAUGAUAAUGAUGUGAGAGUUUUGCAAUCUAAAUUAAAGAAACAAGAACAGCUUGCCAAAAGGAAACAAAAACAGAAAAAGCAACAAACAAAUUCAACAAAUUCGGAAAGAAAGAGAGCUGGUUUUGAAGGAAGAAGUAAUGGAAAGAUUAACGACAUUCAAAAUCUUCAGAAAUUAAAACAAAAGGUUCGAUAA